GUCUUUCAAAUCAACUCCGGAGCACUGUACAUUUUGUAAACUGCUGAAGGAGUUUUAUCAUCUACCAUAGCUGUUAUCUAUGCGCAGUCGCUGACUACUUGUGUGUCUGUGUCAGUCUGAUCCAGGAACAGUUUUGCCGACCGGACCGAUCAACCGUAACAUGCCGCUCUUUGCUCUGCUGUGCUCACUCCUUUGCUGGAUCCUGCCAGGAGACUCGGUGAAGAUCCGUUUCAGCCUCACUUCUCGACGAGCCAACCAGGCCAUCCAAAUGAGCAUGGUCAAAAAUGCUGUUGAUGACAUGUACUUCGGCUGCAACCAAACGAUGACAAAAAAGGUGGACAAAUACUUUAAGAAGGAGAAUACUGGAGCAUUUGCUAAAAUCUGGAAAAAGGCAGAAUCUUGUGCCAACAAAAGACUGAAACACAAAGCCGAAAGGGAUGAGGCCCUGACCAAAGACCACAUGCAGGCCAUCUGUGCUUAUACAAGUAAUUAUAAACAGUUUUAUAAGACGUUCAAUGAUCAUGUCAGGAAUAACAUGAGCAUAUAUAGCAGUUCUUUCCCAUUUCACGCCUUACACUUCUGGCUGACGUCCGCUGUACAGAUUCUCAGUAACGAUGUAAACUGUGUCACCACUUACCGCCGAACCAGUCUUGCGUUUACUGGAGAGGUCAACCAGAUCAUUCGCUUCGGUUUCUUUGCCUCCAGCUCUUACAAAACAACACUGACCCACUUCGGUCAUAAGACCUGUUUUGAAAUUAAAACCUGUUCGGGGGCUUUCCUGAAACAUUACUCAUAUAUCGGAACUAAAGAGGAAGAGGUGCUCAUCCCGCCCUAUGAGAUGUUCAGGAUAACGAUGGGUCCUCCCGUAGCAGGUCUGGGUGACUGUGGCGUUGUCCAUAUUCUGCAGAGUGUUGGAGUUCAGAGCAAUCUAAACUGCAAAGCUGCGUACUGAUCAGACACCAGAGGUUCUUGCUCUACUGGUGGAGCAAAGUGAAGACCUGUCCUCUCGUAUUUCAAACGAUGUCCGUUGAACUUUCUAAAAUCCAAGCUCAGUACAACACAUCUAAUCUAAGCCUUUCCUGUAAACCCUCUUGUUUUUUGUUUUUUCUGCUGUUGCAAGCGCAAUAAUCACACUUCCCCAACGAUUUCUAAGAGCUGAUCUGCAUUUCUAUGUGUAACAAAUA